AUGGCUUCUUCAACUUUCGUCUCUCUGCCAAAACCCUUCUUUGCUUUUCCGGUUAAAACCAGUUCCCCUCCCCUAGCUAACCAUAAGCUUCUCGGAAGUCGAAGAGGCUGUCUGAGUGUCAAAGCGAUUUCCACUAAAUGGGAACCGACAAAGGUUGUUCCUCAAGCAGACAGGGUUCUUGUUCGCCUUGAAGAGCUUGCACAGACAACCUCAGGUGGAGUGUUGUUGCCUAAAGCAGCUGUUAAGUUUGAGAGAUACUUAACCGGAGAGGUUGUCUCUGUUGGUUCUGAGGUUGGACAACAAGUUGGCCCUGGCAAGAAGGUUCUGUUCUCUGACGUGAGCGCUUAUGAGGUUGAUUUGGGGACGGGUGCUAGGCAUUGCUUUUGUAAAGAGAGCGACUUGUUGGCCCUCGUGGAGUGA